AUGGUGACUCGAGUGUGGUCCCCAGUGAGAUUCCUCAUCAAGGGAAGUGUGGUGGGAGGAGCACUCUACCUUGUUUAUGACCAGGAGCUACUGGGGCCUCGUGACAAGAGCGAGGUGGCCUUAAGGAAGGCCGAGGAGGUAGUGCCACGAGCAAUGUACCAGUUCAGCCAGUAUGCGUGCCAGCAGACGGGUCUGGAGAUGCCACAGCUCCCAGCCCCUCCAAAAAUUAACUUUACAAACUUGCAUGACUCCUGGAACUCAUGCAUCAUCUCAGUCAUGGAAGUUUUGUCUGUGGCCCCCUCCAAGGCCCAAGAAUACUCCAAGGAGGGCUGGGAGGAUGUGAAAGAACACAGCAAGUAA